CGGAACGCGCGAAAUUUCUCCCGGGAACGCCGGACGACCCAGAGGAGAGCUGCGGAGGGAGAGUGCUGGAGGCUGAGCCCAGAUGGUGUCCCGGGAGCGCGGGUGGAGGCGCGCCGAGCCCGGGGAGGAGGCCGAGAACAGUCGGGAUGAUGGCUCUUCCUCCUCUUCACUCUCUGCCCUCAAGCGCUUGGAGCGAAGUCAGUGGACAGACAAGAUGGACACAAGAUUUGGUUUUGAAAGACUCCAGGAGCCUGAGGAGAAGACUGGCUGGCUGAUCAACAUGCACCCGACUGAGAUUUUAGAUGAAGAUAAGCGCUUGGUCAGUGCCGUGGAUUACUACUUCAUCCAAGAUGAUGGCAGCCGAUUUAAGGUGGCGCUGGCUUAUAAGCCGUAUUUCUACAUAGCAACAAGGAAGGGUUGUGAGCGAGAAGUAUCAUCUUUUCUGUCUAAGAAGUUUCAGGGGAAAAUUGCCAAAUUGGAGACUGUCCCCAAAGAGGAUCUGGACUUGGCAAAUCACUUGGUGGGUUUGAAGCGAAAUUACAUUAAACUGUCUUUCAACACUGUGGAUGACCUUGUAAAAGUGAGGAAGGAGAUUUCCCCAGCUGUGAAGAAGAAUCGAGAGCGGGAUAAUACCAGUGAUACCUAUACAACUAUGUUGUCCAGUGCGUUGAUGGGGGGUAGUGUAACCACUGACGAAGAGGGAACCUCUAAGAAGAUAGCUGACCAGUUGGACAACGUAGUUGACAUGCGAGAAUAUGACGUUCCCUACCAUAUUCGUUUGUCCAUUGACCUGAAGAUCCAUGUGGCUCAUUGGUAUAAUGUGAGGUACCGGGGCAGUUCCCUUCCCAUUGAAAUCACCCGCCGAGAUGACCUUGUUGAACGACCUGACCCUGUAGUCUUGGCAUUUGACAUCGAAACAACCAAACUGCCUCUCAAGUUCCCAGAUGCAGAGACUGACCAGAUUAUGAUGAUCUCUUACAUGGUAGAUGGGCAGGGAUACCUGAUCACCAACAGGGAGAUUGUCUCUGAGGACAUUGAAGAUUUUGAGUUCACCCCUAAGCCAGAAUAUGAGGGACCCUUUUGUGUCUUCAAUGAACCUGAUGAGGCUCAUUUAAUCCAGAGGUGGUUUGAGCAUGUCCAGGAAACCAAACCUACCAUCAUGGUGACCUACAAUGGUGACUUUUUUGACUGGCCGUUUGUGGAAGCUAGAGCAGCAGUUCAUGGACUGAGUAUGCAUCAGGAGAUUGGAUUCCAAAAGGACAGUCAAGGGGAAUACAAAUCCUCUCAGUGCAUCCACAUGGACUGUCUCAGAUGGGUAAAGAGGGACAGUUACCUUCCAGUGGGCAGCCACAACCUCAAAGCUGCAGCCAAAGCCAAGCUAGGGUAUGAUCCUGUGGAGUUGGACCCUGAGGACAUGUGUCGAAUGGCCACCGAGGAGCCUCAGACACUAGCUACAUAUUCAGUAUCAGAUGCUGUUGCUACUUACUACAUGUAUAUGAAGUAUGUCCAUCCCUUCAUCUUUGCUCUGUGCACCAUUAUCCCCAUGGAGCCAGAUGAGGUCCUUCGGAAGGGUUCAGGGACCUUGUGUGAGGCCUUGCUGAUGGUCCAGGCUUUCCAUGCCAACAUAGUUUUUCCUAACAAGCAAGAGCAGGAGUUCAACAAACUGACUGACGAUGGCCACGUAUUGGACUCAGAGACGUACGUUGGGGGCCACGUGGAGGCACUGGAAUCAGGCGUCUUCCGCAGUGACAUUCCCUGCCGAUUUAAAAUGAAUCCUGCAGCCUUUGACUUCUUGCUGCAGCGUGUAGAGAAGACCAUGCGCCAUGCUAUCGAAGAAGAAGAGAAUGUACCCAUUGAGCAGGUUACCAACUUCCAAGAGGUGUGUGAUGAAAUUAAGAACAAACUGACCUCCCUUAAGGAUGUGCCCAAUCGAAUUGAGUGUCCUCUCAUAUACCACUUGGACGUGGGUGCCAUGUACCCCAAUAUUAUCCUUACUAACAGGUUGCAGCCUUCUGCCAUAGUGAAUGAGGCCACAUGUGCUGCCUGUGACUUUAACAAACCAGGAGCCAACUGUCAACGAAAGAUGACCUGGCAGUGGAGGGGAGAGUUCAUGCCAGCCAGCCGCAGUGAGUAUCAUCGUAUUCAGCAGCAGCUGGAGUCAGAGAAGUUUCCUCCGUUGUUCCCAGACAAACCAGCCCGGGCAUUUCACGAGCUGUCCCGAGAAGAGCAGGCUAAAUAUGAGAAGAAGCGACUGGCAGAUUACUGCCGAAAAGCUUACAAGAAGAUCCACAUCACAAAGGUGGAGGAGCGCCUCACCACCAUCUGCCAGCGGGAAAACUCCUUCUACGUAGACACAGUCCGAGCUUUCCGAGACCGACGGUAUGAGUUCAAAGGACUGCAUAAGGUGUGGAAGAAGAAGCUAUCUGCUGCCACUGAGAUGGGAGAUGCUGCUGAAGUCAAGCGAUGUAAGAACAUGGAGAUCUUGUAUGACUCUUUGCAGCUGGCUCACAAGUGUAUCCUCAACUCUUUCUAUGGCUAUGUGAUGCGCAAAGGGGCUCGGUGGUAUUCCAUGGAGAUGGCAGGAAUUGUCUGCUUCACAGGAGCCAACAUCAUCACACAGGCCCGGGAGCUGAUUGAGCAGAUUGGGAGACCUCUAGAGCUUGACACGGAUGGAAUCUGGUGUGUCCUACCAAACAGCUUCCCAGAAAAUUUUGUCAUCAAGUCAACCAAUGCAAAGAAGCCCAAGGUGACCAUCUCCUACCCUGGAGCCAUGUUAAACAUCAUGGUGAAGGAAGGCUUCACGAAUGACCAGUAUCAAGAGCUCACCGAGCCUACUUCCCUCACUUACAUCACUCGCUCAGAAAACAGCAUCUUCUUUGAAGUGGACGGGCCAUACCUCGCUAUGAUUCUUCCAGCUUCCAAGGAGGAGGGGAAGAAACUGAAGAAAAGAUAUGCUGUAUUCAAUGAAGAUGGCUCCCUGGCUGAGCUAAAGGGCUUUGAGGUCAAAAGGCGUGGAGAACUACAGCUGAUUAAGAUCUUCCAGUCAUCUGUGUUUGAAGCAUUCCUUAAGGGCAGCACUCUGGAGGAGGUGUAUGGGUCUGUUGCCAAAGUAGCAGAUUAUUGGCUAGAUGUGCUCUAUAGCAGGGCAGCCAACAUGCCUGACUCAGAGCUGUUCGAGCUGAUCUCUGAAAACCGCUCCAUGUCUCGGAAACUGGAAGACUAUGGAGAGCAAAAAUCCACAUCCAUCAGUACGGCUAAGAGGCUGGCGGAGUUCUUGGGCGAUCAGAUGGUGAAGGACGCUGGGCUGAGCUGUCGCUUCAUCAUUUCCCGAAAACCUGAAGGGUCUCCAGUCACAGAGAGGGCCAUCCCACUUGCAAUUUUCCAAGCAGAACCCACAGUAAGAAAACACUUCCUCCGGAAAUGGCUCAAGAGCUCUUCCCUACAAGACUUUGACAUUCGGACAAUCCUAGACUGGGAUUACUACAUUGAAAGACUUGGGAGUGCCAUCCAGAAGAUCAUCACCAUCCCUGCAGCCCUGCAGCAGGUAAAAAACCCAGUGCCACGGGUCCGACACCCUGACUGGCUGCAUAAGAAGCUGAUGGAGAAGCAUGAUAUAUAUAAGCAGAAGAAGAUCAGUGAGCUAUUUAUCCAUGAGGGCAAGAGACAGGUCACUGUCAAUCAGCAUCCUGAGGGUAGCCAGGGACAUGGGAUUCUGGACAUGGAGGAUCUUGGUCUUGCCAAACCAUUGCCGUCAGCAGUCCCGAUUGCCACCAAAAGGAAGCGAGUCCCUGUAGAGAGCCAAGAAGAGUCCCAGAAUUUGGAGUUGACCCAAUCUUGGCGAGAGAUUUUGGGACAGCCACCAUCUCUUGGUACAACCAAGGAAGAGUGGCUUGUGUGGCUCACAUUCCAUAAGAAGAAGUGGGAGCUCCAGGCCCGUCAGCGCCAAGAGCGCAGGAAAAGACGACGUGUGGAGACAAGGAAGGGUGUGCUGGGCUCAGGGGUUGUCCGAGAUGGGCCAGCCAUGGGACUAGGGCACUUCCUGCGAAAAACGGCCCGCAGCAUCCUGGACCUGCCGUGGCAGAUUGUGCAGAUCAGUGAGACCAACCAACCUGGCCUUUUCAGACUUUGGGCUGUCAUUGGCAAUGAUCUGCACUGUAUCAAGCUGAAUAUCCCACGUGUGUUUUACGUGAACCAGCGUGUGCCUAAGGAGGAAGAUGGACCUUCUUUCCAUAAGGUGAACAGAGUCCUCCCUCGUUCCAACAUGGUCUAUAAUCUGUAUGAGUAUUCGGUGCCAGAGGACAUGUACCAAGAGCAUAUUAACGAGAUCAAUGCUGACUUGUCUGCACCGGACAUUGAGGGCGUGUAUGAGACCCAGGUUCCAUUGUUGCUGCGGGCUCUCAUCCAGUUAGGUUGUGUGUGCGUGGUCAGUAGGCAGCUGGUACAGCACCUCACAGGCCGAGAGGCUGAGACCUUUGCUCUAGAGUACUUGGAAAUGCGUUCCUUGGCACAGUUCAGCUACCUUGAACCAGGAAGUAUCCGGCACAUCUUUCUUUAUCACCACUCUCAGGGCAGCAAAGCCCUUUUUGGGCUCUUCAUCCCCUCCCAGCGCAAAGCCUCUGUGUUUGUCUUAGAUACGGUACGCAGUAACCAGAUGCCGAACCUGAACUCCAUGUACUCAUCGGAGCACCGCCUCCUGUUGGAGAAGGUGGGACCUGAGCUCCUCCCGCCAGACAAGCACGUUUUUGAAGUGCGAGCUGAGACUGACCUGAAGACCAUCUAUAGAGCCAUCCAGCGACUGUUGCUUGGCUACAAGGAAGAACGCCGGGGCCCCACUCUCAUUGCUGUGCAGUCCAACUGGGAGCUGAAGAGGCUGGCCACUGGAAUGCCUGUCUUUGAGGAGUUCCCCUUGGUGCCAGUCUGUGUGACUGAUGACAUUAGCUAUGGGGCCUUGGACUGGCAGCGUCACGCAGCCCGGCGCAUGAUCCGGCACUAUCUCAACCUGGACACUUGCCUGUCUCAGGCCUUUGAGAUGAGUAGAUAUUUUCACAUUCCUGUUGGGAAUCUCCCAGAAGACAUCUCCACCUUUGGUUCAGAUCUCUUCUUCUCUCGCCACCUCCGGCACCAUAAUCACCUGCUCUGGUUUUCUCCUACAUCCCGCCCUGACCUAGGUGGGAAAGAAGCAGAUGACAAUCGCCUUGUCAUGGAAUUUGAUGACCAAGCUUCAGUGGAAAUAAACAAUCCUGGGUGUUACUCCACGGUAUGUUUGGAAUUGGACAUCCAGAACUUGGCAGUAAAUACCAUCUUGCAGUCCCACCAUGUUAAUGACAUGGAAGGAGCCUCUAGCAUGGGCAUCAGCUUCGAUGUCAUCCAGCAAGCCUCUCUGGAGGAAAUGGUCACGGGGAACCAGGCAGCCAACAUCCCAGCCAGCUAUGAUGAGACUGCCCUCUGUUCUAACACGUUCAGAAUCUUGAAAAGCAUGGUGGUGGGCUGGGUGAAGGAGAUCACUCAGUACCACAACGUCUAUGCUGACAACCAAGUGAUGCACUUUUACCGCUGGCUGCGGUCCCCAUCCUCCCUCCUCUACGACCCUGCUCUGCACCGCACUCUCCUUAGCAUGAUGAAGAAGCUCUUCCUCCAGCUUGUAGCUGAGUUCAAACGUCUGGGUUCCUCAGUCAUUUAUGCCAACUUCAAUCGCAUCAUUCUUUGUACCAAGAAGCGUCGCAUUGAGGAUGCCAUCACUUACAUAGACUACAUCACCAACAGCAUCCACUCCAAAGAGAUCUUCCACUCCUUGACAAUCUCCUUCUCCCGCUGCUGGGAAUUUCUCCUCUGGAUGGAUCCUGCCAACUAUGGAGGAAUCAAAGGAAAAGUUCCAAACCGUGUCCACUAUGGGGAGCAAAGCACCCAGAAAGAGCAGAAAGCAGAGGAAGAGCAAGAGAGUGAGGAAGAGGAGGAGGAGGAAGAAGAAGAAGCAGAGAAGGAGAUGAUAGAAGAAUCCAAUGUGGAAGACUUAUUGGAUAACAGCUGGAACAUUGUACAGUUUCUUCCCCAGGCAGCCUCUUGCCAGAGCUACUUUCUCAUGAUUAUCUCAGCAUAUAUCGUGGCUGUGUACCACAGCAUGAAAGAGGAGCUGAGACGCAGUGCCCCUGGGUGCACCCCCGUCAAGAGGAGAGGAAACAGCCAGCUGUCCCAAGAGGCUGAAGGGCUAGCUGGGGCUCUCCCUGGAAUGAUCACCUUCUCCCAAGAUUAUGUAGCCAACGAGCUUACCCAGAACUUCUUCACCAUCACGCAGAAGAUCCAAAAGAAAGUAAUGGGCUCCCGCAGCUCCACAGAGCCCUCCGACAUGUUCCUCCUCCCUGGCUCCCAUCUGCUCCUCAACAACCCAGCCCUGGAGUUCAUAAAAUAUGUGUGCAAGGUGCUCUCUCUGGACACCAACAUCACCAACCAAGUGAACAAGCUGAAUCGCGAUCUCCUGCGGCUUGUGGACGUGGGUGAGUUCUCCGAGGAGGCCCGCUUCCGGGACCCCUGCCGCUCCUACGUGCUCCCUGAAGUCAUCUGCCGGAGCUGCAACUUCUGCCGGGACCUAGACCUCUGCAAAGACCCCUUCCUCUCUCAGGAUGUCUCAGUCUUGCCUCAGUGGCUUUGCUCCAACUGCCAGGCGGCAUAUGACUCUGGCCACAUCGAGAUGGCUCUGGUAGAAGCCCUUCAGAAGAAGCUGAUGGCCUUUACUCUGCAGGACCUGAUCUGCCUCAAGUGUAAAGGGGUGAAGGAGGCCAACAUGCCCAUCUACUGCAGCUGUGCUGGAGACUUUGCCCUGACCAUUCAGACCAAGGUCUUUGUAGAACAGAUUGGCAUCUUCAGGAACAUUGCCCGGCAUUAUGGCAUGACCUACCUGACAGAAAUGAUUGAGUGGUUGCUACAGAUGAAUCCCCAGCUUGCCAACUAGCCCUGAGCCAGAGGGCAGGAGGGACACAGGCCCUCCCGGUGCUCUGAGCUAGACCUUUGGCCGUGGUCUCUGUGCCACUGCACUCAGUGUGACUGAGCUCUUCCUCUGGGGGGAUGGAAGACACCCCACUUACAUGUGACCAGCCACUUGGCAUUUCUAAACCCAUGAGAAGAAAGGACAGUGGGCAAAAGCCUUGUAGCUCCGGGAGAAUCCCCAGAGCAUUUGAAGUAGCAGCUGACUCUGGCCACAAGUGGUCCAAGGAGAUAAGGGUGAGGAAGUGGUUCCCUCUCCCCACCUCCUGAGCAUUCAUCACAUGAAGAGCAGAACCAGGCAUGAAACCUUCCAAGAAGGAGGGUUCUGAGCCUUUGGAGAUGUCUUGAUUGUCACAGACACUUCUGUGGCUGAGAAUCAGGUGAAGACCUUGGGGAUUAGUUCCUGUGUGAAUAAAUGUUCUGUACGGAACAGCU